GCCAUGGACGACUCUUUCAAACACCAUUGCACGCUGCUCGAUUUCCUUGUUGUUGAUAAAGUCGUUCCUCACACACCCUGAGCGUUCUUAUAAGCAUCGAAGCCACUCAGAACAACUCGACAAUGACGUCACCAAUGCAAGGCAAAGUCGCCUUGAUCACCGGCGGCUCGAAAGGCAUCGGGCGUGCAACAUGCAUUGCCCUCGCGAAACUCGGCGCCUCCAUUGUCAUCACAUACUCAUCCGACGCCAAUGCCGCGAACGAGUUGGUUAAGCAACUCGGCGAGGCAAACGCGAUCGCAGUCAAAGCGGAUGCGGGCAGCAUCGAAGGGGCCGAGAAGACGAUUCAGGCUGCGAUUGAGAAGUUCGGCAGGCUUGAUGUAGUGAUACCCAAUGCUGCGAGCCGCCUGCUUACAAAGGGCAUCGAAGACACCAGCGAAGAGGACUUUGAAGACGCGUAUCGUGUGAAUGUCAAGGGGCCUUACUUUCUCAUUCAGAAAGCCUUGCCGCAUCUGAAAGAAGGCGCCCGCAUUGUCAUGAUAUCGACGACUCAGUGUCAUGCUUCCACAGUAACUGCAAAUUACCUGCUCUACUGCUCGACCAAAGGAGCCGUCGAGCAAAUGGUGAAAAUCUUGUCGAAAGCUCUGGGCCCCAAAGGCAUCUCGAUCAAUGCCAUCGCCCCUGGUCCAACGGGCACCGACUUCUUCCUUGAAGGCAAAAGCGAGCAAGUCUUGAAGACAAUCGCUGGCUUCAGUCCUCACAAUCGUAUUGGUCAGCCGGAGGAGAUUGCGGACGCGAUUGCGUUCAUGAGCAGUCCCGCGAGCCGUUGGGUCAGUGGUCAGAUUCUGGCGGUCAACGGUGGAAUGGCUUUCGUUUGAAUGGGUGUUGCCGUGUUGCAUGCGAGAUCAGGAAGGAGCUUAGGUAUCAGCAGGCUGGAAGUACAGACGCAGGCGUAGCUGUCACUUGCAGAAUCAAUAUCGGCUUCCUUGCUGACCACUUGAUUGUCUUGGUCUAUUCUUCGAGACAGACAGCAGUGUUGUACUGCGGGGCCCCGGAUGCCAGAAGUCGUGGCACGCCAACUUUCAGCCUCGGCUUCUCUACGAACUCCAUGCCAUAUCCGAUGCC